AUGGCUCACUGUAUGAGAGUUUUGCAUGGCCAGGGUAGCAGGACCAGAGCCGUACUCUUGGAAAUUCAACAAAGAUGCUUCAGCGUGUCCCCUCUUACUGCUGCAGCAGCGCAGGUUGCUAUGUCGAAAUUCGACAAAGCUCCACUGCCUUAUGCCAAAUUGACCCAGAACUUGGAGGUGGUUAAGAAGAGGUUAGGUCGUGAUAUGACCUUAUCUGAGAAAGUGCUCUAUUCACAUUUGGAUGACCCCAAAGGACAGGAGAUCGAGAGGGGCACCAGCUACCUUCGCCUGAGGCCCGACCGCGUCGCCAUGCAGGACGCCACCGCCCAGAUGGCGAUGCUUCAGUUCAUCUCGUCGGGGCUUCCCCGUGUCGCGGUACCCUCGACGAUCCACUGCGACCAUCUCAUCGAGGCUCAAGUCGGCGGCGACAAGGAUCUUGCCAGGGCCAAGGAUCUGAACAAGGAAGUCUACAAGUUCUUGGAGACUGCCGGCGCCAAAUACGGCGUGGGCUUCUGGAAACCUGGCUCCGGUAUCAUCCAUCAGAUCAUCCUGGAGAACUACGCCUUCCCCGGACUGCUUAUGAUCGGCACAGACUCCCACACGCCCAACGGUGGUGGUCUUGGUGGUCUUUGCAUUGGCGUGGGUGGUGCUGACGCUGUGGACGUAAUGGCUGACAUCCCUUGGGAACUUAAAUGCCCCAAGGUCAUCGGUGUCAAACUCACCGGCAAGCUGAAGGGCUGGACCAGCCCCAAGGACGUGAUCCUGAAGGUUGCCGGCAUCCUCACCGUGAAGGGAGGCACCGGCGCCAUAGUUGAAUACCACGGCCCUGGCGUAGACUCCAUCUCCUGCACGGGAAUGGCCACCAUCUGCAACAUGGGAGCGGAGAUCGGCGCAACCACCAGCGUGUUCCCGUACAACUCGCGCAUGGAGGCGUACCUGAAGUCGACCGGCCGCCACGACAUCGCAGCAACCGCUAACUCCUACAAGCACCUUCUCACACCGGACUCCAAAGCGCCAUACGACCAGCUGAUCGAGAUCGACCUGUCGACCCUGGAGCCGCACGUGAACGGCCCCUUCACGCCCGACCUGGCCAACCCCAUCUCGAAGCUCGGCGAGGCGGCCAAGAAGAACGACUGGCCGGUGGACAUCCGCGUGGGCCUCAUCGGCUCCUGCACCAACUCCUCGUACGAGGACAUGGGCCGCUGCGCCAGCAUCGUCAAAGAGGCGCUGGGCCACGGUCUGAAGUCGAAGAUCCCGUUCAACGUGACCCCAGGGUCGGAGCAGGUCCGCGCCACCAUCGAGCGUGACGGCAUCGCGCAGACCCUCAGGGACUUCGGCGGCACGGUGCUGGCCAACGCGUGCGGGCCGUGCAUCGGCCAGUGGGACCGACGCGACGUGAAGAAGGGCGAGAAGAACACGAUCGUCACCUCGUACAACCGCAACUUCACGGGCCGCAACGACGCGAACCCCGCCACCCACUGCUUCGUCACCAGCCCCGAGCUGGUCACCGCGCUCUCCAUCGCCGGCCGGCUGGACUUCAACCCGCUGUCCGACGAGCUGACCGGCACGGACGGCAAGAAGUUCCGCCUCUCCGACCCCUUCGCCGACGAGCUGCCCGCCAAGGGCUUCGACCCCGGCCAGGACACGUACCAGCACCCGCCCGCCGAUGGCACCAAGGUGCAGGUGGACGUGUCGCCCAGCUCUGACCGGCUGCAGCUGCUGUCGCCGUUCGACAAGUGGGACGGCAAGGACCUGACCGAGAUGACGAUCCUCAUCAAGGUGAAGGGCAAGUGCACCACCGACCACAUCUCGGCGGCCGGCCCCUGGCUCAAGUACCGCGGCCACCUCGACAACAUCUCCAACAACAUGUUCAUCACGGCGACGAACGCGGAGAACGGCGAGCUGAACAAGGUGCGCAACCAGCUGACCGGCGAGUGGGGCCCGGUGCCCGGCACGGCGCGCGCGUACAAGGCGGCCGGCGCCCGCUGGUGCGUCGUCGGCGACGAGAACUACGGCGAGGGCUCCUCGCGCGAGCACGCCGCCCUCGAGCCGCGCCACCUCGGCGGCAGGGCGAUCAUCGUCAAGAGCUUCGCCAGGAUCCACGAGACAAAUCUCAAGAAACAAGGCCUGCUGCCACUCACCUUCGCCAAUCCCGCUGACUACGACAAGAUCCAGCCCAGCGACAAAAUCUCCCUGCUCGGACUCAAGGACCUCGCUCCCGGCAAACCCGUCGACUGCGAGAUCAAGCACAAAGACGGCAGCGUCGACCGCAUCAAGUUGAACCACUCUCUGAACGAGCAGCAAAUCUCUUGGUUCCGCGCCGGCUCCGCCCUCAACAGGAUGAAGGAGAUUGCCGCGGGCAAG